AUGGAUAGAGUUCUUCAACCUCCUUUGGUUGAUACUAGUGCGUGUUUAUGUAGAGUAGAUACAGGCCUCAGAACUGUUGCUGGAGCAAAGAAGUAUGUUCCUGGAACCAAGCUGUGUCUACGGCCUGACAUAAAACCGUCUAUUCACCCUACUAGAAACAAGCCAGCACGUGGUGACAGAAGCCGCAAUCAAUCCCCGUUACUACCAGGACUCCCGGAUGAUCUUGCUAUUGCUUGCCUAAUCCGAGUCCCUCGUGUUGAACACCGUAAACUUAGGCUAGUUUGCAAAAGAUGGUAUCGACUUUUGGUUGGUAAUUUCUUUUACUCACUGCGCAAGAGUCUUAGACUUGCGGAAGAGUGGAUAUACGUCAUUAAGAGAGACCGAGACGGGAAAAUCUCAUGGCAUGCUUUUGAUCCUGUAUACCAACAAUGGCAGCCCCUGCCUCCUGUUCCUAAAGAAUAUUCCGGAGCUCUUGGUUUUGGAUGUGCUGUUCUGAAUGGCUGCCACCUAUACUUGUUUGGUGGGAAGGACCCUCUUAAGGGAUCCAUGAGACGUGUUAUUUUUUAUAGUACUAGAACAAAUAAAUGGCACCGUGCCCCGGAUAUGCUUCGUAGGCGGCACUUUUUUGGCUCCUGUGUUAUAAACAAUUGUCUGUUUGUGGCUGGUGGGGAGAAUGAAGGUGUGCAUCGGUCCUUGAGAUCAGCUGAAGUUUUUGAUCCAAACAAAAACCGAUGGUCAUUUAUUUCAGAUAUGAGCACUGCAAUGGUUCCUUUCAUCGGAGUUGUCUAUGACGGGAAGUGGUUCCUUAAGGGACUUGGUUCUCAUCGACAGGUUCUUAGCGAGGUCUAUCAGCCAGAGAACGAUAGUUGGUGCCCUGUUCAAAACGGAAUGGUUUCUGGCUGGAGGAACCCUAGCACUACUCUUAACGGAAAGCUUUAUGCUUUAGACUGCAAAGAUGGCUGCAAACUUAGGGUUUAUGACGAUGCUACGGAUUCGUGGAGCAAGCAUAUUGACAGUAGAAUGCAUUUGGGAAGCUCACGGGCUUUGGAGGCUGCAGCCCUCGUCCCCCUCAACGGGAAACUCUGUAUUAUCCGGAACAAUAUGAGCAUUUCUCUUGUUGAUGUUUCUAAACUAGAAGAUUUGAAAGGAUCUUCUGCUGAACAGUUAUGGGAAACUAUUGCAGGGAAAGGACAGUUCAAAACCUUGUUCACAAACCUGUUAUCUAGCCUUGCUGGUAGAAACCGGCUCAAAACUCACAUAGUUCACUCUCAGGUUCUUCAAGCUUAA